UUUACAUCUUCCAAACUUCAAAAACUGUUGUGAUUGCUUAUCUACACCCUUAUAAAUUAUAAAUAUUGAUUUAAAAUUUAUUUAUACAAUUCGCAGCCAUUAGUGGCAAAACAAUUGUUUGUAAACCACUUCAACGAAGGAGAAUAUUUGUUUUUAUAUUGCAAUAUCCUACUCGAGACACCCCUUGAGACUAUAAAAUAACUGUUAUCUUAGUUUACCAUAUAAAACGCAAACAUUUAAAAAGAAUUUACAGUGUUUUAACGUAUUUUAACAGCCAAAAUGUGCAAAAUUUUCGCUAAUGGCUUUUUGCUGGUUUGCCUUCUAGCGCAAGUUUUUAGUGUAUAUAUUGAUGAGAUAUAUUAUUAUCAGCCUGAACAAGUACAUCUUUCUUUUGGAGAAGAUGUAUCCCAAAUUGUAGUAACAUGGUCAACAAUGGAUGACACUCCCGAAUCGGUUGUUGAAUAUGGUAUUGGUGGUCUCAUUUUGCAAGCAAAUGGAUCUUCAACUCAAUUUGUCGAUGGAGGAUCGCUUAAGCAUACACAGUACAUUCAUAGAGUACUGUUAACUAAUUUAUCACCCGACACCAGAUAUGAGUACCAUUGUGGAAGCAGUAUGGGAUGGUCUAAUUUAUUUUUCUUUAAAACACCUCCAUCGGGUAAUGAUUGGACACCUCAUAUAGCUAUUUAUGGUGAUAUGGGCAAUGAAAAUGCUCAAUCUUUAGCCAGAUUACAAGAAGAGACUCAAAGAGGCUUGUAUGACACAAUUUUACACAUAGGUGACUUUGCUUAUGAUAUGGAUUCUGAUAAUGGAGAAGUUGGAGAUGAAUUUAUGAGGCAGAUUGAAUCUGUAGCAGCUUAUAUUCCAUAUAUGACUUGCCCUGGAAAUCAUGAAGAAGCAUACAACUUCAGCCACUACCGUGGAAGAUUUAGCAUGCCUGGAUCUUCAGAUUCUUUGUACUACAGCUUUGAUAUUGGGCCUCUACACAUUAUUUCCAUAUCAACAGAACUUUAUUAUUUUAUGAACUAUGGAGUAAAAAGUUUAGUUUUCCAAUAUGAUUGGCUAGAGGCUGAUUUAAUUAAAGCUAAUUUACCUGAAAACAGAAAUGAGCGACCAUGGAUUAUUGUUGUUGGACACAGGCCUAUGUACUGUAGCAAUAAUAAUACUGAUGACUGCACACAUCAUGAGACAUUGACAAGAGCCGGAAUACCAUUUCUAAAAUGGUUUGGACUUGAAGAUUUAUUCUUCAAGUACGGAGUAGAUCUUCAAAUAUGGGCACACGAACAUAGCUAUGAAAGAUUAUGGCCAAUUUAUAACUAUAAUGUUUAUAAUGGUAGUUAUGAAGAACCUUACAUAGACCCAUUAGCACCUGUACAUUUUACAACAGGAUCUGCAGGUUGCAAAGAAGGCAGGGAAAAUUUUACUGAUACCAGACCAGAAUGGUCAGCAUUUUAUAGUAGGGAUUAUGGAUAUACCAGAUUGAAGGCAUAUAAUAAAACCCAUUUAUACUGGGAACAGGUGUCAGAUGAUAAAGGAGGACAAAUUCUUGAUAGUGUCUGGUAUAUCAAAAACACACAUGGACCUUUUUCAGAAAAAAAUUUACAAAAUAUGGACCUAAGAUCACAGAACAGGGAUUAUUAUUUCUAAUAAAUUCAUAUACCAAAAACACUUAAAUCUAUUUUAAAAAAUAACAAAAAAAAUUGCCAUACGUUUCACAUAAAAUACAGAAUGUAGUUACCAGAUACAAAACAUAACAAAAAUCAUCUCAGAAA